CCGCCAUGUUCUUGGGAGCACGCGCGCCAUUAGACCGCAGCAGGCCGCGAGGGAGACGGUUGAUUCGGUUCGCUGAGGAGAAAUCGAGCGAGAAUCGCGCUUCUACCGCACGGAUUUAAAUGUCUUUCGAUUGACGUUCGCCACAAUGACGUCCAGCACUAAUGUGAUCCAGGUGACGAACGUGUCGCCGAGCAGCACCGCGGAGCAGAUGCGAACCCUGUUCGGCUUCAUCGGAACCAUCGACGAGCUCCGACUCUUUCCUCCAGAUGAUUCUCCCUUGCCUGUGACUUCACGUGUAUGUUUUGUAAAGUUCCACGAGCCGGAGUCAGUCGGAGUUUCCCAGCAUCUGACCAACACGGUGUUCGUGGACCGAGCCCUGAUCGUCGUCCCCUUCGCCGAAGGAGUGAUUCCUGACGAAUCCAAGGCUCUGUCGCUGCUCGCUCCAGCCAAUGCCGUCGCAGGAUUGUUGCCAGGAGGCGGACUCCUCCCGACGCCCAACCCCAUCCCAUCUAUCGGUGGCGUUCCUCUAGGUCUUGGAGGGCCAAACUUGGACCCCAUGGCAGCUCUGGCUUUGGCGGCGCCCAAUAUAAACACUCAGUCUUUGUCAGCUGAGCAGCUUAUGAAGCUUAUGGCAUCCAUAGACCCCAAGCUGAAUCAUCUCGCCGCGGGGCUGAAUCUGACCCCUGGACUGAAGGCGGACGGCUCGAAUAAAGAGAUCGAAGAAGCCAUGAAGCGAGUGAGAGAGGCCCAGUCUCUGAUCUCCGCUGCCAUCGAGCCCGGAAGUAAGAAGGAUGAUAAACGCAAGCGCUCCAGGUCCAGAUCCCGGCGCAGGAGGUCCAGGUCCCGCUCCAGACACAGGAGGUCUAAGAGUCGCUCCAGACGGAGAUCUCGCUCCAGGAGCAGGAGGAGGUCCAAGAGCCCCAGGAGGAGGAAGUCUCGUUCCAGAGACCGCAGCAGACGCUCCAGGUCCAGAGAUCGGAGGAAGGAUGACAAGAACAGAAAACGCUCAAAAACUCCACCCAAGAGCUACAGCAGCGCCAGACGCUCCCGCAGCACCAGCCGCAAACGGCACAAGAGAAGUCGCAGCGCGUCUCGAUCACCGAAGAAGCCACGAUCUCCCAAGAAGAAACUGUCCCGCUCGCCGUCUCCUCGCAGACACAAGAAAGAGAAAAAGAAGGAUAAAGACCGCGAGAGAGACCGCGACCGAGACAGGAAGGACGACUGGGAGAGAAAUCGGGACAAAAGUGAACGUUCCGCCAGCAAGAAGAGCAAGGACAAAGACAAAGACAAGGACAGAGACCGGAAGUCCGACAGCGAGAAGGGAGAUGUGAAGGUGACCAGGGACUACGAUGAAGAGGAGCAGGGCUACGACAGCGAGCACGAGGAAGAGCGCGAGAGGAACUCAGACGCCGCCUCGUCGCCGCAGGCUAAAGAGCCACUAGCAGACAGCGCAGACGACGCGGGUCGCGGAGAGUCGGACGGAAACAGUGAAGACCAGCAAGACGAAGACAUGGACAUGAGCGACUGAAGCAGCCCACGGAUCAGUGUUUGAGUGUAUUGUUCAGACGGAGGAAAGCUCGCUCUAGAUCAGUCUGAAACUCCUUCAUUCCUUCGAGUUUUAAAACCGCAUCCUUAGAAUCUGCUGUAUUUACUGGUACACGCUCGUCUUAAGAAGUUCUCCGGUUUUAGAGCGGUUUCUUCUCUCAUGGCUGAUGUGGAACGAUGUUAUACUGUACAUUUAGUGUAGACCGUUGAAAAAUACACCCAUUCACUGUCUGUUUGCAGUUUCUAUUUAAAGCAAUCACCCUCUAAUUAAAAGUGCUUGGAUAACAUUGUCAAGCCGUGUUUUUUUUUCUUUCUUUUAAUGAAAUUGCAUUUGUUUUUUAUAGUUGGCCUGAGUUAGUUUGUCAUUUUAAACUCGUUUGUGGAACUCCACAUGAACUGGAUUACUUUCUCUCGCAGGUCAUUCGACAGUCCAGCUGUAUCUACCACAGUGUGUUUUUCUGUAGAUUGCUAAGAAAAGGAUUUCUCUGUACUGUUUGCAAUGUUACGAAUUGAAAAUAAAACUUCAUAUAAAA